AUGCCGUCUUACUUCUAUCACCUCAAGUUUGAGCUGUAUCCGACCCCGAAUCCCGUCGCGGACGGAGCGUCAACGGCGGGCGACAGCAAUAUCUGGCUCCCACCUUCCGAUGCGAGCGUGUUUGACGACUUUCCCUCUCACCCACCACCCGACCGACGAACAACGCGCAGAGUCUCGAAAUCAUCUUCGAGCUUCCAACAGAACUACACAGCAUCUACAUCAGCGAUCGCUCAAGGUUCUUCGUCGUCAAACUCGAGCGUAAUAGACUGCGGGGCAGCCCCACGUGAACCCUCCACCGCAAACGCGCGUAGGACCGAGAUAUUGUCGGAACGGCAGUGGCUUGAGAGAGCAUCCAGUUUCCCGCCUCCAUCUUCGAGCGCAGCUAUCCGGCCACAGACUGCAAUUCAAGACUGGCGCUUUGGACGCGUCACUAUCGAGACGGUCGACUUGCGAACCGGCGAUCCGAUGGCGGGCGAGACGAGCAGGUCAGGGCCGGCCGCGGCUCCUCCGCUGGGCCCUACGUUUGGAGGCGCUGGAACAGCGACGAAAGCCAAGUACCUCCCUCUCGAGACGAAGAAUACUGAGGUUGGCUGGGGCGUGGUUCAUUUCUACAGAGAAGCCGAGGAGUCGCCUGGGCUGAACAUGGUGGAAACUCAGGAUGGGGAGGAGGAGGCUAAGGGCGAUGACUGCUCGACUCUGUGCAUUCCCGCAGUUCCCGCGUACAUGUCCCCAGGAGAUUUCUUGGGUUUCGUGGGCGGGAAAUGGAGAGACGACAUCAGUCACUGUCGAAUGGUCAUGACAUCGAAGAUGAAUAGGUAUCUCGUCUUGCUCAAAUUCAGGGAGGGCAAGCGAGCAAGCGCCUGGCGACAGGAGUUCGACGGCAAGGUGUUUAACGCCAUGGAGCCUCAAAUAUGCCAUGCCGUUUUUGUCAAGAGUAUCACCUUCGAAACACCAAACCGGAGAAAAUCUAGCCACGGUCUUUCUGCUCUAUCUGCUUCAGCUGGCAUGUCAAGCACCCUCCGGCCGUUUCCCCCACCCACUCCGAAUCUAGUCGAGCUGCCGACUUGUCCCGUGUGUCUGGAGCGCAUGGACGAGACGAAUGGGCUCAUGACGAUCCCAUGUUCUCAUGUAUUCCACUGCACCUGCCUGCAGAACUGGAAAGGUGCCGGGUGCCCAGUCUGUCGAUUUACGAAUACUUCUCCUGGAGCGGGUUCCGACCCAUCGAACCCUUACACACAGCCUUUCGGCUCACAUGUAUCAAACCUGUGCAGCGUUUGCGACUGCAUAGACGACUUGUGGAUUUGUCUAAUUUGUGGCUAUGUCGGCUGUGGGCGGUAUAAGGGCGGCCAUGCAAAGGACCACUGGAAGGAGACAGCGCACAGUUUUUCUCUCGAGUUGGAAACGCAGCACGUGUGGGAUUACGCGGGGGACAUGUGGGUUCAUCGACUCAUCCGCGAUAAGGGCGAUGGUAAGGUGGUAGAGCUUCCCGGUAGAAGCGGACCCAAUGAUCACCAUGAAGAAGAAGAUGUGGUGCCGCGUGCGAAGCUAGACACUAUCGGGUUGGAGUACACGCAUCUGAUUACAAGCCAGCUUGAGUCGCAGCGAGCAUACUACGAGGAGAUGAUCAGCAAAGCCGUAGAUAAGGCUUCGAAAGCGUCCGCCGCCGCCGAGGACGCAGCUAGACAGGUGUCGACCGUCAUGGAGAAGUUGACGACGCUGGAGGGCAAGUACACUGCCCUGAGUGAAGAGACAAUCCCGCCGCUAGAGCGUGACCUCGCGCGGGAGCGCAGCAAGGCGAGCAAGAGCGAGAACCUCGCUCGCAGCCUAGGCAAGUCGCUACAGGAGGAGAAGCGGCUGAAUGAGGGCCUAAUGAAGCGGAUCGAGCACCUUAAUGCAGACCACGAGGGACUAUCCAAGCAGGUCGAGGAGCUACGCGGGGCGAACGCCGACCUCCAGGAGAUGAACCGGGACCUGAGCAUGUUCAUCUCGGGCCAGGAGAAACUCAAAGAGUUGGAAAGGGAGGGCAAGGUAGAGGAGGGCGAACUUGAGGGUGGGAGCGCGAGUGUGCCGGAGAAGAAGAACCGACGGAGGGGGAAGAAGUGA